AUGAUCAUUCCUAAAACGUCAGUCUCCUUCCGAGGCCUGUCGCGCCAAAUAUUAUCGGCUCGCUUCAAUAGCACAGCAUCAUCAGCCCAACAAUGCAAGCGGCCAGGAUACGCCCACUUCGAAAUAGCUCAGUAUUUCAAUCGAAUCCACCUUUCUCCUACGCAGCGAAUCUUCUCCGUCAGCAACCUUACCUCUGUUCAACAACUAGCCUACCUUACCCUACUUAAGAAGCAUCAUCUUGUCAGCGUGCCUUACGAGAAUCUUCAGGCUCAUUACUCCUGGCACAAGGGGCUCGGUGUUUCGCCGACGCGUCUUUUUGAGAAGAUCGUCCGCCACCGCCGCGGUGGUUGGUGCUUUGAGACGAACCAAUUGCUCAAUACGGUCCUCCUGUCGCUGGGAUUCGACGUCAUUCUGGCAGGUUCGCGAGUCUUUGAGCCCUGCAACGGCAGAUUCGGCGGACUUGUGCAUUGCGUCAAUAUUGUCAAGAUCGGUGGCGUACACUAUUUGCUCGAUGUGGGCUUUGGUGGAUACGGUCCACCCCAGCCUGUACCAUUGCUCGAGGGAACGGGAGGCAUUGAACCGAACGGUCUACAGCACAUAGGACCUCGAGCGGAGAUGCGAGUAGUGAAACAGGCGAUUGCACAGCAGGUCGAUCAAACUAGGCGGCUAUGGGUAUAUCAGUUCCGGAGUGGCCCUGAUGAGGAGUGGCGGCCAAUGUGCUGUUUCAACUCGGACUUUGAGUUCCUGCCCGAGGAUAUCGAGAUCCUAAACACGCAUGGCAUGAGCCGCACAUGUUUCACAUCACGUGAAUUGUUGCUUCAGCGAUUCACAACAUCAAAUGAGCCCCUAACUGCAUCUGGGAGAACGAAUGUGAAGGAUGUUAUGGAUGGCGAGCUGGACGGCUCUAUUGUGCUAUAUCAGAAUAGGUUGAAAUGGCGGAGGGAAGGGGAUUUGAAACUGAGCCUUGAGUUCCGCACCGAAGCGGAUCGUAUCGAGGCUAUUCGGUUAUAUUUUGGAAUUAUCCUUGAUAAGGAGGAGACGGAAGGAAUCAAGGGCACUGCAAGUGAGAUUAGGGGUUCUUGGUUUGGAACAGCUUUUGGUGAGGGGACGAUUUAA